AGGCACAAAGCCGGCUCUUAUAAACUGCCUAAACAAUUAAAGACAUGCCGAAACUCGUUAUAAUGAUCCACACACAGCAAGUGAGUUCCAUUAAAAAGAAACCAAGAAACAAUGAAGAACCUCUCGAGGAACAAGUUUUUGCUUUGUUUUAGACCCGUCGUCGAUAUGGACAUCAUGCGCCUCGAACCCAAACCCGCCGCCGCCGUUGUUAACCGUCCCGCCUUUACAUGCGUCGCCGGCGUUCAAAGCAAGGAGGAUUUUUCGAAGCCUUCGACGGCGAACUCCUCCGUUUCCGAUGAGGAAAACUCGAUCGAUGUUCAUAGUGGGGGAAAGAAAACGCUUUCCAAAGUGAUCAAAGCUGUUGUUUUCGAAACAGUAUUGGCUCACAGGGUUCGAGAUAGAAAAAGAAACAAUGAAUCCAAAAACAGAGUCUUGACUAGAAAGCUAAUUCAAUCCACAACAUCAUCAUCUUCUUCUUCUUCUUCACCGUUAACACCAAACACAAUACAGAAAACAGAGACGAAACAUCAACAAAGCGACUGCAACGAAUCGAAACCGAAACAAGAAAGGAUCGAUAAGGGUUUUUCGUGUUCAAAAAACAGAGCCAUGUCUCUGUUCUUGAUUUGUUUGGCAAUGACGAUUUUCUGGGGAAAAUUGGUUGCUAUAAUUUUGACAUCAAUUUGGCUUUACUUUCUCCAUCAUAAUGGGGUUGCUGUGAAAAUGGAAACCAUUAAAACAUGGGGUGAAAAGGAGUCGGAAGAAGAAGAAGAAGAAGAAGAAGAAGAAGAAGAAGAAAAGGUGGUCAUUAAUGGAAGCAAAAACAGGGAGAGGGUAUUAAAUUUUGGGGGUUGAAAAUUUUCGUUUUCGUGUAUGAUGGAAUGAUGAUCUGUGUCAUUUUAUCUGAUUAUUUUUAUAGAUAAAGUUCAAAUCAGUUUCUUGCUUAGUGAUCUUUUUGUUUUGUAGUUUUUUUUAGGGGUUAGGUGAGGGUAGAUUUCAGGAUAUUUAUGACGGUUCACUCAAUGGGUAAAGAGCUGUAAUAAAGAGCUGUAGUAAGCAACAGUGAUAAUUAAAGCUAGAGUUUCUUAAGGGUUAAAGAACGAGAAAAUCAAGAAAGGUAGGGAAAGAGAAGAGAAUUGUUUGGUUUCUAUUGUCCGUGGCCCUUAAAAGGGUCAUUUAGUCAUUCCCAAGGCGUCACGUACCAUUCCCAUAUUAAUUUUAUAUUUCUUGAAAUUCAAUUGACUUACAAA